AUGGUCGUCACAUCUCCUCGCAACAUUGCACAAGAUGGCUUGAAUAAGCCCGUUCAGGAUGAGAGAUCACCUCUGGUCUCUGCAACAGAAAUUUCAGAGCAACCAGAAGACCACCGUGUCGACAACAGCGGCGAAAGGGAAUUCGGCGGUGCAGUGGGAGUAAGCUGCAUGAUGAUCGGAUUCCCCCUUCUCAUGUAUUUUAUGUGGAUUGGUGCAACCUUCUACUCUGGUCACUUUCCCUCUCGCUCCCCUGGACAACACUGGAGUGGCUUUUUCGCGCACCUCUGGACUCUUUGCUAUGAACAUGCCUUCCCACAUCUCAAAGCCUGGACUAUUUACUGGAGUUUUCUUAUCUUUGAGGGCGCUUGUUAUCUCUACAUGCCUGGUGUCUAUGGCAAAGGCAAGAGAUUGCCUAGUCUAGGCGGCAAGCAAUUGGAGUAUUAUUGCUCUGCAGUGUGGAGUUGGUACACAACCAUUAUUCUCGCUGUUUUGUUGCACGUCUCUGGAGUUUUCCCUCUGUACACCAUUAUCGAUGAGUUUGGCUCCAUCAUGAGCGUCGCCAUUAUUUCCGGGUUCUUGGUUUCUUUCGUUGCAUACUUUUCUGCGUUGGCCCGUGGUGCUGAACAUCGUAUGACUGGAUCCCCUGUCUAUGACUUUUUCAUGGGUGCAGAGCUCAACCCGAGAUUGUUUACCUGGCUGGACUUUAAGAUGUUCUUUGAAGUCAGGAUCCCGUGGUAUAUCUUGUUCUUGACCACGCUUGGAGCUUGCGCGCGACAAUACGAAACCUACGGCUAUGUGUCGGGCGAAGCUUGGUUCUUGUUAAUGGCGCACUUUUUGUAUGCGAAUGCUUGUUCCAAGGGCGAGGAGUUGAUCAUCACGAGCUGGGACAUGUACUUUGAAAAAUGGGGCUUCAUGCUCAUCUUCUGGAACCUCGCAGGCGUGCCUCUAUCAUACUGCCACUGCACCUUGUACAUCGCCAACCACGACCCGUCAGAAUACCACUGGAACCCUUAUCUCUUGACUCUCCUGUUUGUUACCUAUCUCUUCGUCUACUGGAUCUGGGAUACAGCAAAUAGCCAGAAGAACAUGUUUAGAGCACAGGAACGCGGUGUCGCAUUGAACAGAAAGACGUUCCCGCAGCUGCCGUGGAAGGCAGUGAAGAAUCCCGUUAGCAUCAAGACAAAGACGGGAGAUUCGAUCUUGUGUGAUGGGUGGUAUGCCAGAGCACGCAAGAUCCACUACACCUGCGACCUCUUCUUCGCACUCUCAUGGGGCGCCAUCACCGGCCUCAACUCUCCCUUCCCAUGGUUCUAUCCCGUGUUCUUCGCUUGCAUGAUUGUGCAUCGCGCAAUCAGAGAUAUUCAAAAGUGUAGGGCAAAGUACGGAGAAGCAUGGAUCGAAUACGAGAAGAGGGUGCCUUGGUUGUUCAUUCCUUAUGUGGUGUAA